AUGAAGCCCACACCAAGUCUCUCCAAAGCUUUUGACAUCGCCACCAAUGAAGAGCAGCAACGUUUGAUCUCUCAAAACCGCCGCCCUGCUGGUGAGGCGGUCGUGCUCGUUGCUCGCAGGGACGGAGAUCGAGGGCAUCACGAGCACGACAAAGGGCGCCCGACUGAUGAUGAAGAUCGCCCUCACUGUUCCUACUGUCAUAAGUGCAGCCAUCUUUGUCAGAGCUGCUGGGCUCUCAUUGGAUAUCCUCCGCAGAAUCGUAACGAUUCACGUGAUCGUGGUGAUGUGCGCGGCGACGGUGAUGUAGGCCUAAGGUUUCGGGUGAUGGAUCCUCGCGUGAUAGUGCUCCCAAGGCAGCCCAAGUAUAUCAUGAUAAGGCAAGAGUCCGGUUGCAGGCUUCACUGUUGA